AUGUUUUGGGUACCGUGGAGCUUACUUUACUUUUACGCGGCUUGCAUGUGCUCCUUUGUUUGGAUCAUUCAUUUAUCUAGACACAUUCUUUUGGAAAGGGAGUACGAUUGGACGAAGUUCCCUAGAGAGCUUCUUUGCUCAGUUUUGGCUGGUACACUAUCCUUCUGGUUGGGGACUGUCCAGUUUUCGCUUUUCUAUUAUCCACUUCAUGACUUUUUCGGCAUCCAUACCGAAAUUACCACUGUACUCUUCUUUUCUCUCUAUGCUGCCAUAGUUUUCGUGGCUGAUAGGAACAAUUUUGGUGCAGACGCAAGGACAGGACCCCGUUUCUGGUUCGACGAAUUAUCGUGUGCCAUCUGUUUGGAGUACAUAUUUUUGAUGGUUCUUGUUGUCAUUUCCGAUCCUUUGAACAUUGUUAGCGAGGGUAUCCAUCAAGCUAUUGGACCGUGCAAGCAAAUGGAAGAAGUUAAUAGCCCUGCUGGUCUUUGCGGAAAUCCCUACGGCAGCACUCAGUUCGACUGGCUUCAAUCAUUUGCUCCAGAAUUCAUGUGCGCUGUGCUCAAGGUUAUCAUUAAGGUUCUACAAAGAGAAAAAUAUCUCUGCGCUACAAGAUACGACGAAAAAUACUUUGACUUCCACUGUGUGCCAAAUGGUCCUCCAAAGCAGCAGGAUGAUGGCUCGGGCAAACUCCUUCCUUUGGAGUACUAUCCACUAUGUGGAACGGAUUUCGAGAAUCGGGCUGAGUACAUAGUAGUAAUCUGGGGUUGUUGCAUUCUCUUCGGCUUCUUCUUCUAUCAGAUGGCGGCGUGCUCUGGCUCCACACCUGUAGAUCCUGUUAAGCUUGACGCUUUUAAGAAGCCAAUCGUCUCAACCAAAGCGAAAGCGGUCAAGAAUAGGCUGAGAUCCUCUUCUGUGAAGGCACCGAAAAGAGUUGUUCAACGCAAGAAGAAUGCACCCGAGACAGCUCAUCUGCUUCGUUCGGUUAGUCACAACCUAUAA